GACCACAAGCGUUUUGCGGAGCUUUUUCGUUGCUCCAAAUUUGUUCAGCUGGGCGAUUUCGAGGGACGCAUCGUCAUUGGUGAGGUGCCACAGCUGAAUGCAGUCAAAGCAAAUUAUUUCAGGAAAUAUGCUAUAGGAACCAAAGUGCUUCUACGCCUACACGAUCCGGAGCUUUCGGAGCUAUUUUUGGGUUCGAAAACAGAGCUCACCUUACUGGAAGCAGAUGCUACAAUCUUGGGACUGUACAGUACUCAUAGCGAUAGAUCAAGGAAAGCAGCUUCUCUAACUGAUAUCGAAAAUGAAGCGAAUAGAAUCAGAGCUUCGACAUCCAGAGAUACCGGUGAACCGAAGGAACUGGCCGAGAAACGUAUCAAAGUGUGA